AUGAGCAGACCGGCGGAUCUCAAGCAAGCUCUGAUAGACUCCGGCGAAGAAUGGAAUACAAGCUGGGACAACGUCCUGCAGGCAUCUCCAUCCUACUUAGCAGCGUACGUCAAGCUCCGUCAAGUCCCAAUACAGAAGCAAAAGCUCCCUCGCAAGAUCCAAGAGCUCAUCCUCUUGGCUAUCGAUGCGCAGUGUACUCACUUGCACGCUCCGGGCGUGCGUCUGCACAUCGAAGAAGCUCGUAAAGCUGGCGCCUCAGUUGGCGAAAUCAUCGAGACACUGGAAAUGGCAUCCGUCCUUGGCGUGCACUCCGUGACGGUCGGCGUGGAAUUACUCCAAGAAGUCCUAGCUGAGAAAGGCCAAACGUUGUCAGCAGAGGACAGAGACCUCUCACCACGCCAGCAAGCGCUCAAAGACAACUUCGUUCGCCAGAGAGGCUACUGGAGCGGAACCUGGUCUCCCGUUCUUCAGCUCUCACCGGAGUUCUUCGCGGCGUAUACGGAGUAUUCUUCCGUCCCGUUUCAAGAAGGACAUUCGUUCCUGGAGUCAUAUGUGAAGGAAUUGGUGUACUGUGCGAUUGACUGUGCGACUACACAUCUUUUCGCGCCGGGUUUGAAAAUCCACAUUCGAAAUGCCAUUGAGAAGGGUGCGUCUGCGGAGCAGGUGCUGGAGGUCUUUGAGCUGGCUGCUUUGAUGGGCGCGAAGACGGUGGUGAUGGGAGUUGAUGCAGUGGCUGAGAUUGAAAAGGGUUAA